AUGAAUCUCUCCAGUCUUGUCCACGAACGAAGAAAUCAUCAACAACAUUUCUCUCAUUAUAACAACACACCAGAAGUGAUGGCUUCAAGUCCUUACACAGUCCAGCCCAUGGCUCAACAUGCUUCCUAUACAUACGUCAAUGCACCUCAACCACCACCUUCUCCACCCGUAGACGAAGCUUCAAAAUGUUCCCUACCAUCAAUUUCAAGUCUAUUAGGUUUGGCCGAUGGAUCAAGUCCUACAGAGCAAACUCAGCAACAGUCAUCGCCAAAACAAGCACCUUUGAAGGAAGAAUACAGACCUGAAUCUGGACACCAGUACGGUCCUUCCCCAUCGAUGAGCUCUCGAGGUGCUCUUCCACCCACGCCUCCGAUGCAUUCUGACGGCGGCUUUGACGGCAGACAAUCACCACCACAAGCAUCCACUUCAUCAUACUCAGUAGUCUCCGCACCAAGUUAUUACUUCAAUCCUUCCCAGAUUUCAGCUAUCAACAACAUGGAGCCUCACGCACAACGCCAGCUAGUUCCAGCUGCGACUCGAAGAGUCUCAAUGCCAGUGUCUCCAAUGCCAUAUGCUCAUUCGCCAUUCAAUGGUUCCUAUACUAUGUCUCCAGGAGCCCAGUCUUUGAGCUCUUACUACCCGAGUCCGAUACAAGCACAGCCUCCUCAGGUGUCUGGACUAUAUUAUCAAAGACCACUUCCUCAUCAAUUUCCUCCACCACUGAUGCCAGUGUCUGUGACUCUGACUCCAUCCUCUGGUACUAAUCCAUGGCAACAUCACCACUACAUCUCGCCUUCGUCGGCAGCCUCAUUCCCUCAGUCACAAGAUAGAUAUAUCUGUCAGACUUGCAAUAAGGCAUUCUCGAGACCGUCGAGUCUUAGAAUUCACAGCCACUCACAUACUGGCGAGAAACCUUUCAAGUGCCCACAUCAAAAUUGCGGGAAAGCAUUCAGUGUUAGGAGUAAUAUGAAGCGACACGAGCGGGGGUGCCACAGUUUUGAAAGUGGAUCUAUGGUCUGA